CCCAAUGCAAUACAGUAUAUGUACAAGCUUGACCUGAGCUCGACUUCGUACUUUAGAGCGCGCCUAUCCUGCUUCGACGGUCGCUCUGGUAGUUGAAAACCGGUCGCGGAGUAUGACUAUGCACUCUUUCUCUUAUUCUCCCAGUCACGGGAAUAUCUCGAAGAAACAUGUCUUGGAGGCUGAAAUACUCUCUGUAACUACUGCUAUGCGAAAGAACUCCCGAUGGGCUUCCUCUGCGAACACUCUUAACUCACGAGAGUCGACGUUAGCUAGCACGCUUGGCCUGCGGAUACCAACAACGUCUGCGAUCAGCACCGGCUUAGGACGCGGAAGCAGGGAGAGGGAGUUGAUGGCCAACUUCCAAGAGCUGAAGCGCGAAGUCAGGGACGUGGAUGACAUUGAGUCAAUCCAUUUAUCUACCGUACUGGGGCCAUUCUUUGCUAUUAUUCGAUCCCAACUUUCCACUGGACCCAUAACCUCCGCGGCGCUCUCUGCGCUACACAACUUCUUUGUCUGCGGUCUCGUAUCUGCAUCCUCCCCCGGAAUUGACAAGGUGCUUACCGAGCUGAGCAGCACGGUAGCCCAUUGUAAAUUCGACGCCAGCGAUUCCUCCGGGGAUGAAGUCGUCUUGCUCAAGAUUCUGAUGGUUAUCCAGGACUGCAUGUGCGGGGACACAGAUACUCUACUCGGUGACGUUGAGAUAUGCGAGAUGCUCGAGACGGUCUUGACGACGUGCUGCCAAAUGAGGCUCAGCGAGACCCUUCGGCGGUCUGCUGAAGCUACGAUGCAGCAGCUUACGCGAGUCGUCUUUGCACGACUGCACAAUCUCAAUGCUGUAGAGGAAGAGGCGAAAGUGCACGCCACUGACGAUGACGAGCUAACUAUGUCUGUAUCCACGACGCUGAAACCUGCGGACGACAAUGUAUCAGUGGCCAGUGCAAACGCGUCAGACACGGCUAUCAAUACUGUGCCAUUCGGCGACAACAGCACCGAAGCAACUACCUAUGGCCUUCCAUCCAUCCUGGAAUUACUUCGCGUACUCAUUAAUAUUCUGGACCCGAACGAUAGAUUACACACGGAUUCCACUCGUUUAACCGCUCUUGGAAUCUUGAACGUCGCUCUGGAGAUCUCAGGACCCCGCAUAUGCGACUUCCCCUCCCUAUCUGCUCUGAUUCUGAACGACGGAUGCAAGUAUCUUUUCCAAUUGGCUCGCUCCGACAAUCCCUCCGUGCUACAUCUUUCCCUCCGGACAAUCGCGACAAUGUUUAACACAAUGCGGGGAAAGCUGAAGCUCCAGCAGGAACUGUUCCUGGCUUUCGUGAUGGAUCGGCUGGCUCCCCCGGUCGCGACUAAGUCUGCAAGCGCACUUGAUCCUGGCAGCAAGAGAGGGUCGCCGCACCCUGGCACGCCUGGUCUACUGUCCCCUCAUUUGGGACCCGUAGGCUCGGAGGGUGAGCCGGAGAAAAGUAGCCCUAUGCCGCCUAGGCCCCCGGUAAACCCCGCGCGAGGCGAGACUCGUGAACUCAUGCUUGAGAUACUGUGCCAGAUCGCACGUCAUGCGAGCUUCGCGGUGGAUCUCUACACUAACUACGAUUGUGAUCUGAAUUGCGAAGAUAUGUAUGAACGAUUGGUAGAUUUCCUCACGAAGGGCGUUUAUGUGUGGUACAUCCAGGGCGCAUUCGAAGCGCCCCAACAGAACUCUCAGUAUCUCUGUCUCGAUCUUCUCCUGGCUUUCGUGAACCAUAUGGCAAACCGCGCUCAAGGUUUGAGUGAAUCAUGGCCACCGACAUUCAUUGCGCGUGAUGAGCUGAUGCAGAACAAGUCGCGCAAAAAGUUGGUGAUGACAGGAGCAGCUCGCUUCAACACGAAACCGAAGACAGGUAUCGCGUUUCUGGAGGAGAACGGUCUGAUCUACGCCGACCUCUCUCCUACAACGACGAAAGCGGAAAGUCUGGCCAAGUUUCUCAAGAGCUGUACACGGCUUGACAAACGCCUACUCGGCGACUUCAUCUCAAGACCGGAGAAUAUCGACGUCCUCAAAGCAUUUAUCAGUCUGUUCGACUUCAAGGACAAACCUAUUGUGGAUGCUAUGAGGGAACUCCUGGAGACCUUCCGGUUACCGGGUGAAUCACAGCAAAUUGAUCGCAUAACCGAGACCUUCGCACAGAUCUAUUUCGCAUCUAAACCUGCGGAGAUCAAGAGCCAGGACGCUGUAUACGUGCUGGCGUUUUCGAUUAUUAUGCUCAAUACUGACCUGCACAAUCCGCAAGUACGGAAAAGGAUGACGUUCGAAGACUACACUCGGAAUCUACGAGGCGUGAAUGACGGCACAGACUUCUCCCCCGAAUUUAUACGUAACAUAUACGAGUCAAUCCGGAAACAAGAGAUAGUGAUGCCAGAAGAGCAUACAGGCCAACUGGGCUUUGAGUAUGCCUGGAAGGAGCUUCUUAUGCGAUCGCGACAAUCCGGUGACUUCCUCAUCUGCAACGCCGCGGACUUCGAUGUGGAAAUGUUCAAAUCUUCAUGGAGGUCCACUGUAUCAGCUAUUGCCUACGCCUUCAUCAAUUUCGAGAAUGACUAUGUCAUGGAACGAGCCAUAUCUGGCUUCAGGCAGUGCGCCACACUAGCUGGACACUUCCAUCUUCCAGAUGUGUUCGACUACAUUGUAGUGUCACUCUCACAAGCUACAAGUCUACUGUCCGAUUCUCUUCCUAUACAGGUUCCCAAUUACCCGACAGUAGAUGUAGAUGGUCAGCCUGUCACCGUGUCUUCGCUGUCGGUCAAGUUCGGCACCAACCUCAAGGGGCAAUUAGCGGCCGUGGUUUUGUUUAACAUUGUCAACGGAAAUGGUAACGCAUUGCGUGAAGGUUGGACUCAGAUUUUCGAAAUGUUCCUGAACCUCUUUUUGCACUCCCUGUUGCCGAUGCGGAUGCUCCAAAUGGAGGAUUUUCUAGGCGGUGUAUCCAUGAUUCCUCUACAUGGGAAACAGUCUCCUCGGCCGGCUCCUCGUAGUGAAGGCGGUUUGCUUUCUGCGCUGUCGUCCUACCUGAUGACGCCAUAUGGGUCAAACGCGGACUCGGAGAUUCCUGACGCCACGGACGAGGAUAUAGAAAACACACUUUGCACCAUCGAUUGCAUUACUGCGUGCCGACUGGAUGAGCUGUACGGCCAGAUAACACACCUUGAUUUGGAACCUCUCACUGCUGCUGUCCGUGCUCUGGAAGCACUUGCGCAUGAGCGGACUGUGGCCAGGCUCAAACAAGAGUUUGAGGACGUACCCUCUUCUCCAGACCAUGCCGGAUCAUCGCGAGGACCUGACACCCUCCCGUAUGAUCCCGCCUCCGUUUUCCUCCUAGAGACCAUGGUCAGCAUCGCAUCUCAGACACCACAACAUAUCGAAGAACUUUGGCCGAUCCUGUUCGAGCAUAUCUCAGCGCUACUGUCUGCGGCCUCGCAGUAUAGUGUGCUUCUGAUUGAACGUGCUGUGGUGGGACUGCUGCGCCUAUGUUUGCUGUUAGCCGAUAAGCCUUCUCUACGGGACCAGAUUUAUGUGUCUAUAGACCUUUUGGCAGGGUUACCGCCUGCCGUGCUCGGGUCUGUCGGGGAGCAAGUCGCUACCGGCUUAGACAUAAUUUUACAAAAGCACACAGAUAUUGCCAGAUCUCAGACGGAGUGGAAUCUCAUUUUCGCGCUGUUACGGAAAACCCCUACGCACUCAGAGGCUGCGCGGCGCUCAUUUGACUUGGUCCAGCGGCUCGCCACUCAAGUAGUUACGGGUGACAACUUCUCCGGUCUGGUGACAAUCCUAGACGAAUUUGCUUCAAUAGCUAGCAUGUUCGUUGAGGGUCAGCCCAGGCAAGGGUCUCGAAAUCCCCGCGCUCCAACCGUCAAUGCAUCAAAUACCCCUAUAAUAGACAGGGGUCGACAGGCUGUGGGUCUCUUGUCGGACUUGAGCAAGCAGCUACCGCAGCUCCUCCAGAAUGCAGCCGACACAACACAAGAAUGGCGACGUCUGUGUUUGCCUCUUCUGAUGUCUCUGGGUCGGCAGUCCACCAAUGCGUCCAAGGAAAUUCGUCAAAUCGCCAUUGCGCAGCUUCAGCGCAUCACCUUAGGUCCUCACAUUAUACCAAGUGGUCAAGAUCAAGCUUGUGUCCAAGAAAUCUUCGCACAAGUGCUCAUACCUCUAUUGGAUGAAUUGCUGAAGCCGGAAGUGACCCGCCGAGAUCCCCUUGGUAUCUAUGAGACACGUUUGCGUGCCUCCACGUUACUAUUCAAAGCUUUCAUGCAGUUCGAGCUGCGCGAGGGUCGAUCGAUCGCUGAGGUAAAGGUCUUAUGGACGAGUACUCUCGAUGUCCACGAACGCCUCUUGAAAGGGAGCGGGAGUGAUCAGACGGUGGAAGCAGUAACCGAGUCGCUCAAGAACGUAAUCUUGGUUAUGAAUGCGACGGACAUACUAGUGCCUCCGUCGACAGCGGAGAUCGAGGACGAGGAACGCAAGUCCCUAUGGAACGUCACUCAGGAGAAGAUCGAAGCUCUCAUGCCAGGUUUCUUGGCGGAAGUUAUUCCUCAGCCUGAGCCGCAGGUCCCUCCUCCGGACCCGCCGCAGGUGCCAGCAGAAGGUGCCGCGUCGCAGGAGGAAUCAUGAGACUACCAACAUAUGAGUUAGCAUGCGGUGGUUCUCGAUGUGUGGAGUGAAAAGUAGAUACUCGUGGAGAAAUCGGACUUCCUGUAUAUUAAUCGUCUUCACUUGGUCUGUCAGCGCGCG